CGAAGGUUUUCAUCUGCUCGUCUCUCAGUUCGGAAGCUCCGAUCCUCGAGGCAAGCCGGCCAUCCGCCAUUGGAGAUGGAGAUGCAGCCGGAGCUGCAGGCGGCGCUGGUGAAGGUGGGCGUGUUCGUGCUGGUGCAGGCGCUGGUGUACCUCAUCCUGUCGCAGUCCUCCUCCGUGUUCUCGCGCACCAAGAGCCUCGGCCUCCGCCCCGCGCGCUCCGCCAGCGCGCGCCGCAUGCUCGCGCUGCUCGCCGACCUGCCGCUCGCCGGCGAGCCCUCGCCCGUCGCCCCGGCGCGCUCAUCGUCGUUGUCGCCCGCGCUCGCCGCCGACCUCAUCAAGGAGGACUGACCGACUGAGGCCGCCGCCGGCCGUGCGGGGCGCCUAGCUAGCUAGCGUAGCGCACCGACCUCGAUCUUCUCUUCACCAUUCUUUUAUAAGUAGAUAGACUGUUAAGUACUGUAGGUUUGUUUGGUUUGAUCGUAAGCGCUUGGCGCUUGGGUGUCCAAAUUUCGUGGAGUUUUGAUUUGUGCAUGUGACUAGUUCGGUCAAA